AUGGCAUCAGGUGAUGAUGAAAACUACGAUGAUAAUUCAUCAGGUUUUUUUGCUGAUGACCUUGAUCAACAUGAUACAGAACGUGAUUUAUAUGCGAUAUUACACAUAAAUAAAGAUGCAGAUGCUCUAACGAUUCAACAAGCUUAUCGUCGAUUAACUCUUCUUUAUCAUCCUGAUAAACAUACAGAACCUCGAAAUAAACAAUUAGCAAUGGAUCUAUUUAUUCGAGUUAAAAAAGCUUAUGAUAUUUUAAAUGAUCCACAAAAACGAGCUAUUUAUGAUGUUGUUGGUACGAAAGGUUUAAAAGCAGAAGGAUGGGAGGUUGUAAGUCGAACGAAAACCGCGCGUGAAAUUCUCGAUGAAUAUGAACGAUUAGCACGAGAACGUGAAGAAAGACGAUUCAAUCAAAUGACGAAUCCAAGUGGUUCGGUACAAAUGUCAGUAAAUUUAACGGAUAUAUUUGAUCAGAUGAAUUCAGAUGAUGAAAAUAGUGAUUUUUCCCCGGUUGUUGAAAUGACUGAAUUUACAGUAGCACAAGGUAUUGAUAUACCAUUGACUAGUCAAGAUACAGCAACAGUAACAGCUGUAGCAACAACGCGCAACGGACGUGGCACAGGAUCUUUAACAACAUCGUUUCGUCGUGUUCUUGCUGAUCUAUCAUGGUUUCGUAUUGAUUUAAGUUUUGGUGAACAAAAUCUAGCGGCAUUUCGUUAUUUUCGUCGUCUAACACAAAAACUUCAAGCAAGUGCAGCAGCUACAUUCAGUCUUGCUGAGGGUGGCUCAGCUAUAAUAGCACCGAGUUUCCUAUUCUCUGUCACUUAUCAAUUAACUCAUCAUUUAUCAAGUAGUCUUCAAUGGACGACAGGUGCUAAUUCAUGUAUGAAAGGUGGCCUUCAUUAUGAUAAUCAAACAUUAGCUGUAUCGAGUGCUAUUCAGCUCGGUUUUGUUAAUACAUAUGGUGCUAUCGAUGGUGUAUAUCGAUUUCCUAAUAUCUGCAAUCUCCGAUGUAGUCUCAAAUUAUUUGUAUUUGGUCCAUGGCUUGAAUAUGGUAUUGAUCGACAAUUAACGAAAUAUACACAUGGUUCUGCAACAGUAGCGGUCAGCUCAAGAAUGGGUAUAUCAUUAAGAUUAAAAUUCACUCGUGGUAGUCAAGCGUUCACAUUUCCAUUACAAAUUUCUCAAGAUAUUGUACCAAGUGCUAUAUUCUACGCUACAGUUGCACCAGUUCUUGCUUAUCUAGUGUUUGACCGUCUCAUUAUUCGGCCAUUCGCCAGAUCUGAACAAGAAAAAGAACAAAAGAAACGCGAAGAUGAAGCACGUGAAAAACAAGCUGAACGAAGACGAGAAGCAAUCAAUGCUCAAGAAGUGCUACGAUCACUUGUCGAUCAGAUUAAAGAUAGAGAAGGUCUCGAAGGAUUAAUUAUACUAGAAGCACGUUAUGGUCAAUUAGGAUUAACAAUAACAAAUGAAAAUUCAAUCAAAAUUAUUGAUGUUACCACACCAUUACAAGUACUCGUAAAGGAUUCAACAUUAAAAAUAGCAACAACAGUAUCAAAAUCAAACUUGACCGGUUUUUACGAUCCAUGUAUAGGUGAAGAAAAGUCUCUGUUUAUUAAAUAUUCACUGCGAUCACAGAUUCACACCAUUCUCUAUAAAGAUACUGAUCCUGUUAUCUUACCUGAUAGAGAUCAUUUAGUAAGAUGA